AUGGAGAGUUGGGAUAUUAGCGAUGUGGUAUCUCCUCAUAUAAGUGAUUUGUUAGAUGAUGAAGAUCAAGAACUAGAAGAAAUUCGGAGGGAGCAAGAUGAGAAGGAACAGAUGGCUUUGUGUCAAAUAACAGGUAAAUACACUUUGAUGGAUUAUGCAAAAUACAUAUGCAAAGAACCCCGUCAUACAUCAAAAUGCUCUGGAAAUGUAUUUAUUCAAGAGAUAUUACGAGGAAACGAGACUCGUUGUUAUGAAAAUUUUCGAUUGCAGAAGGUGGUGUUUAUUGAUCUAUCCAGUGAUUUAACUAAAAAAUAUGGGCUUAAACCCACGCGUGGAAUGUCUAUACAUGAAAUGUUAGGCAUGUUCUUGAUGACUUGUGUACCUGGAGCUGGAAAUCGAAUGAUACAAGAUAUCUUUCAACAUUCUGGAGAGACGGAUAGUAUUGGAGCUAUUGAUGGCACACAUAUUAAAGCUAGAUUAUUGCAAGGUCAAGAGAUACCAUAUAUUGGACGUAAAGGUUAUCCGACUCAGAACAUUCUUGUUGUUUUAGAUGUUAAUAUGUGUUUUACAUUUGCAUGGGCUAGGUGGGAAGGAGCAGCUCACGAUACUAGUAUAUUUGGUGAGGCCCUUCGCAGAAGAGAGCUCAACUUUCGACAUCCACGCGGAAACAAAUAUAAUCUAGUUGAUGCAGAAUAUUCACACAUGAAUGGAUACAUGGCUCCAUACAAAGGAGAUAAUGUCAGAUAUCAUCUAGCUGAAUUUCGCGGGGGUGCAACACGACAAUUGCGAGAGCCAAGAGAACACAUUGAAAAAUUUAACUAUUUGCAUUUUUCUUGCAGAAAUAUAGUAGAGGGUACAUUUUGCGUUUGGAAAGCAAGAUGGUCUAUUUUCCAAGACAUGCCUUACUACCACAUUGACACUUCAAGGGACAUCGUACUUGCUACUAUGGCCAUUCACAAUUAUAUUAGAAAGAAAUGCAAUGUAGAUGAUGCAUUCCAAAUAGCUGAGAAUGAAAGAUAUAUUCCAUCGGUUGAUUCUAAUGUUAGCACAACUUCAAGAGCUAACGAUGUAGAUGUCGAAAACGUGGGAGAACAAAGUGAUGUCUAUUGGAUGGGGUUUUGUGAUAUGAUUGCUAAUGAAAUUUCCAAUGCUUGA